AUGAAAAGGACUGAGCUGAUACUUCAUUUAGCCACUCACAAUUUACAAGAAGAGAACAGUACUCCAGAGAAACCAUCAGUACUGGAAGACAAUAAUAUUUCAGAAACACUCAAUGAUGCGGUCAUUUUAGCAGAAUUGAAGCCAGUGAAUUUAAAUCCGAAUUCCUCGAGUUUAGACCCUAAUCUUAUGAUCCUACAUAAGCCUUGUGAACUUGGACCAGAUAAUCUACGUAUUUCAAACAAUCUACAAAAAGAGAACAGUACUCCAGACGAACCAUCAGUAUUGGAAGACAAUAACAUUUCAGAAACACUCAAUAAUGAUGCGGUCAUUUUAUCAGAAUUGCAGCCAGUGAAUUUAAAUCCGAAUUCCUCGAGUCAAUACUCUAAUAAUAACCUACGUAUUUCAAACAAUUAUGAAACACAACCCAGUUCAUCAUAUUCUGUUGAAACCCACUCAUCAACCAAGAUCACUUUGAGAAAAAUGUCUCGAACAGUCUAUGAUGGGCAACAUGCCUCAGAUGAUGAGAACAGCUUAUUUGGAGAAGAUAGUGACAACUAUGUACCAUCAGAAAAUAUUAUAUCGUCGGAAAGUGAAACAAAUUUGACCCCUACCAUAAAAGAGAAAAAGAGACCCAGAGGUCUAUUUUCUGAAUAUGAAAAUGGCGAAAAAAUAUAG